AUGGACCGUGACCCUGAUGACCAGCAAUUGCGCUCCCUUAGACUGUCGAGAGUUCUGAGGGAUAUAGGCGUGACCAGACAGAUGGUGGUCCGGAGGAGGGAGACAUUCCUGAUGACGGAGAAGAUGGAUAAUGUAGUCAAUACUAUAAGAUAUAAUAGACGUUAUAACAUUUUUGUCGUCGGCAGCCAAUCGGAAGGGACAACAACCCUCGGCAUGAAUUCAGAUUUAGAUGUACUUAACUGUGACAAUGAUUUCACUGUGAUAACGGACUGGGCAGAUUGGGAACCAGGAAAGAUAUGUCUUCUGGUGAUAAAGAACGACGAUUCUCCUCCCCAGCAUUGCAGUCUGCAGAUACUGAGUUGUGACUGUCCACUGCCUGAAACAAUGGACAUGGUGCCAGCAGAAUGGGAUGUGGAGGAGGGCAAGGACGGCAGGGUGCUACUGACAAACACUUGGAUGGAUGGUGUAAUGAAACAGGAAUGUGGUCGGUUAUUCAGGAAAAAAGGGCCAUCAAGAAGUGCUGACAACGAUGUAGAUUCCGUUACCGCCUUUAGCUACAGUGGACCAAUGCCAGAAUGCAAUUUCCUAUUCACAAGACCAAAGCCUGGUCACUGGCCCAGACCUGAAAUACUCGCGAAGGCACGUUUGUGUGAAAUAUUCCUCGUCCCACAGGGACACGCUGAGAGUGAUCAGUCAAAACUGGAAUGGAGAUUUUCUACGCUAUUGAUUGAAAGGCUAAUCAUGUUUGAUCUAAACAUUUUGAAAAUACAGGUUUAUACAUUUCUUAAAAUCUUACGCAAGACUUUCUUCAAACCGUUAGUUGGUGAUAGACUUAGCACGUUUCAUUUCAAAACAGCUCUAUUGUUCACCCUAGAGACAUAUCCACCAGAGAUCUGGCAGGAAAGGAACCUGCUGCAGUGUGUUAUAUAUUGCCUGAAAACUCUUCAACGUUGGUUCAAACUUCGGUACUGUCCACAUUACACGAUUUCGGGAGUGGACCUGUUUGUGGGAAAACUUAGAAAGUGGGAGUUUCCACUGCUGUCAACAGUUCUGUCAGACAUGAUAGACAACAUCAUGGACUACGUCUCCCAGAUAGAAAUGGACCAGAUUGGGGUGAGGAUCGGCGACGGACACGUGCAGUUAAAACAAGAUACCAAAACACGAUAG